AUGCGCUCGUGGCGUGGCGCGCGACACGACUGGCUCCAGCUGGAGGGCACGAAGAUGUUAAGGACGCACACGAACGGAGCCGAGGAGGUGCUGGAGGAGUCUCACCUCUGUGUGAGGAGAAUGGCUGAGAGCCUAGAGAUGACAGAUAACGACAUUCGUGGCAGAAAGCUGCCAUUGGAUAAGAUCUCUCAGGUGGUCUCUGCCCUGAAUGAUCUGCAGCAGCUCUGAUCACCUCGCUGUAAGUCC